UGUAAACCCCAGACUUCCACUCAUGGUAAACUCUUUACAGCCUAGAAAAACAAAGUUUCACUCUUCUAAACAGUAAACAACACACUUUGGGUGUGCAUCCUAAAUCCUUGAGAUCACGUUGGAAGCUUGAGACUGAGCUUCGAGUCAAAAUGAAAUUAGCCCUGCAAACUGUGAUCUGCUGCUGUGUUCUCACCACCGUCCUGCCACUGGUUAAAGGUGCAACUGAGGAACUCAACACCAGCUUGAAAAGAAGGUUGAGAGUUUGGCUGCAGAACCGCAUGAAGAGAGACCUGCCGGACGGCUUCGUGACAGCUGAUGAGCUGUGCGCUGAGAUCCUGAAGGGGCAGCAGCAGGAUGCGACUGAAAACAAUGUCUCACCUCCACCAAGCUCCGGGCUGGAUAACAGACCCAGGAGGUCAACCAAAUCAAGUGGCUGCUACCUAGUCACAUGUUCAUACCACGACCUGAUCUAUAAAAUCCACCAGCUCAACAACGUGCAUAAAGAUCCCACCGCUCCUACGAGGCAGAUUAGUUCAACAGGCUACGGGCGACGCCGCCGCUCACUACUGGAUUUGACUCAAGUGGCCCCCCAGACUGGAAGACAAAGACGGGGUUAUAAGGCCGGUCAUCGUGUCCGCCGACUUGAAAGCAAACGCACAGUAGCCUAAGACUGGAAUGGACAGGAGAAAUCUUGUCCCUCACAGAUUUGAUUCCAAAGAUUUGUAGAAUAAAUGCUGCUGCGUCUGUUAGUCCAUCGGAAGGUUUGCUCAGGUCACUCAAGAUAAAAGCAAGAUACCAAUAAUGCUCUGGAGCAGGUUUUACUGGGUUUCAACGAGUGUGUGAUUUAUGGAUGAAAUCAGCUUGACGAGAAUAUGUGUCUCUUCUUCUGCUUCCAAAGUGAACUUGGCAGGUGAUUUGGAAGAUGAUUCCUGAAGACUCUUUUCUGACAUCCAUCCAUGAACUGAGGAAGACAUGAGGCUUUAAUGAUGGAGGACUCCUCUCUCACGGCACUGACAUAACUGGAUCCCAAUCUGCUGCCAGCAGGAGCCUUUUACACACAUGAACUGAUGUGGUCAACUGCUUGUGAAGUGAUUUUGAAGUGCAAUUUAAACCGUACAUAAUGGGCCUAAGCAUAGUCAAGCAUAUGUAACAAUCAGCUUGUUGUAAGGAUUGUAAAGCCACCUUAUAUUUAAUCAUAUAUUAUAUUUUUAUACAGCCAAAACACAUAUAAUACCUUUCUCUUUUUGGAAUCAACUUCAAUGAAGUGUCUUAAAUGUGUAAAUAAUUAUAUGAUCUCAUGUAUGUUAUUCUCACUGUUUUAACAUUAUUGAAAUUAUACAACAUUUUAAAAUAUAUGGUAAAAUCAAUGUGUGCAUGGAGCAAGUCUGGACAGUCCCCUUGUUUCUGGCUGAUAGUGAUGGACAGCUUCUUUCUGGUAUGAAGUAGAAAGACUGACGUGCUAAUUAUAGUGUUGUGCUGCCAUCUAGCUUUACAGUUGGCUACAUGUAACAAGAAGCAGGCCAAACAUGCAGCUAUACAACAAAGCACUUACAGAAGUUAGGACAGAAGUCUUGCUCUAAAGAUUUUGUUUUUGAAUGUAUCUGUUUUUAUAUGAAUGUAAUAACUCAGAGUAUACUCGGCUGUAUUGACCGGAUGUGGUGAUUUAUAUGUCCUGAUGAACAUGGCAGAUGUUGUAGUGGUUGACAGCUGGCGAUGAUGUCCUUGUUUUAUAAAUAAAUGAGUGUAUGAACAUGGAAAAAGAA